AUGCUAUCUCUCGGCUCCGAUUACGGCCGAAUGAGACUCCGAGACUAUUACUUAUCGGGUCGGGCGAUUCCAUUAUGGCCCCGGCCCUCGUGCGACCGCGCUGUCCGUUCGAGUCGAGACUCGAACGAAGAUCAGAACGGUGGUAAUGUAUGCAAAUGUAUGCAACGAGAAAGGCGGCGAGAACAUUCUCUCGAAGAAAUCUGCAGCGCGGCGGACGGAUUAGCAGAAGCGUUGUCGACAAGCCGCGUUCGCGUCGACGAAUCGCCCACGCGUCGCAACAAGUUGGAGGCCGGUCGAGCCCUGCGCGUCGCGAGGACCGAGAGAAGUCGCGAGGAUCCGACGAGCAGUAAACGGAGGUCUCGAGACACGGAGGGUGAUUGA